AUGACCUCCGCGCAUUCCUCCAUUCCUCGCCUUAGAGAACCCACCUGGAAUUUCUCUUGUCCGGUCGAGAAUACAAAUGCGCAGGACGUGGAUCGAAUUUAUUUUCGAAAGUCAUCGAAUCGCACCAAGAGCGGGGACCACCCGCCCGGACCUAGUCUCUACGCCGUCGAAUCAGACAAGAAAUGA